ACAGAAUGCAAAUUCAACGACGCGAAAGUUAAAAGAAUUUUGCAGAAAAAGGAUGCUAUUAAAAUCUACUUCAAAUUUAGCACGUACGUAACCUGAAAAAAAAUGAGUAAGCCCAUGGUCAUUGGUCAUGAUGAUUAUUCCACAUCAGAACAUAUCCAACUGUCAACAACACCAAUCAUGAUGAAAGUGCGUAAACUAACCAAGUCUAAGGCGGUACAUGCCAGGACAGAUCGGGCCAGUCGACGCUUGGGAGUAUAUGCAUCAGGAAGAGAGGGAGAAAUGUGGUGUCUCCUCUCCAUUUUUUCCGGGCGUAAUCGAGGGCUACUAUAGGGAUAAGAGCAAAUGCGACGUAUUUAUUUUUUAUUAAUAUUUAUUUAUAGUGAUAAAACCAACACUUCAACCUUUUCGGAAAAUUCAGAACUGGAAAAUUUGCAUGUUGAGAAUAAACUAUUGAAACAACUGAAUGAAGAAUUAAUGGACAAAAAUGCACUAAUAAAAGAACUAUGGGAAAAGAGAAAAAAUGUGGAUGAGACAGCUCCUGUAAGAAACAAUCAAAAAACAUAUGCUGAUAUAAUGGCAAAUAGACAACCUAUCAAGAGUCAAAGAGUACCAAGAAUAAUUGUCAAGAGUCUUAAGAGUGAAAACAAAGAUCCAAAAGAGUUUUCGAAAAAAGUAUGCAAUCUGUUAAUAGAGAAAAAAGACAUACAAACAAAACAAGUAAAAUCAAUAAAUGAUAGUGAGAUAGAAAUAAAAAGUAUGAAUGAAAAAAGUGCCAAGGCUACAAUAGAGUUACUCAGUAGAAAACUAUCUAAUAACUACAAAACAACGAUUGAAAAAAUAGAGUCACCUAAAUUCAAAAUAGUUGGAGUGGAUAACUACAAUAAAAUGAAUCUUGAAGAUCUGGAAAAGGACUUGAAUAAUAGACAUUUUAAUGAAUAUGAUGAAAAGUGUAAAGUAUUAUAUUUAUAAAUAAAAAUAAUUCUACAAAAACAUCUAGUAUAAUAAUUGAAGUGCCAAGAAUAAUAUAUAAACACAUCAAAGAUACUCAGAAUAGAAUUUUUAUUGGUCAUCAAAGCUGUAAAGUGUGGGACUUCAUAAACAUCAAGCCAUGCUACAAUUGUGGAAGAUUUGGGCAUGAUCCGCAAAAAUGUAGAAAUGAACCCUGUUGUCUAAAAUGCGCAGGAGAGCAUUUAACUAUGCAAUGUGAUAAUUCAAGUAAUUCUACAUGUAUCAAUUGUUUCUUCAGCAAUUCUAAAUAUAAGACAAAGUUUGAGGUUAAUCAUAUGGCCAAUAUAUGACACAGAGAAAUGUGCAAUAUUAAAAAGUAAGAUAAACAGAUACAUAGAUAUGACUGAUUAUCCUAUGAGACCUACUCUACCUAAAUACUUAGUUAAGGUAGAAAUCCACAAAGAAACCACUACAGUAAUGAAAUCACCAAUACUACCUUUGAGGACAAAAACGCAAUGAGAUAAAUAAUGGAGCAACACAUCGACCUCAUUGAAAAGCUACAAAAGGAAGUAUUACAGGAAGAAAUAUCAUAUCCUGAUCUGAAAACUCUUAAUAAGAAUUUAUACAAAAAUGACAGUUAUAUCUUGCAUCUAAAUAUCAGAAGUCUAAAUGUCAAUUUUAAUUAAUUGGAAAUUUUUAUUAAGAGUUUGAAGAUUAAACCUAGCAUAAUAGUAUGUACAGAAACGUAGAUGUUUAAUUGCCAAAUUUUUGCACUAACAGGUUAUAAAUUGUAUUACAAUAAUGGUAAAAUAAAUCAAAAUGAUGGGGUAGUAGUUUAUAUACAGGAUGGUAUAUCAGAAACAACAGAAGUGAUAGAAAUAGGUAAACUCAAAAUAUUAAACACACGAAUAACGUUAAGUAACAUUAGCAAUGUUCAAUUAUCAUCUUUAUACAGAUACCAUGAUCUCUCUAUUCUAGAAUUCAUAGCAAACUUAAAAACAUACGUCAAUAUAAAAAAAAAUCUUAAAAAUUACUUAAUCAUUGGUGACUUUAACAUAGAUAUUAUGUAAGAAGAUAAUUAUAGCCAAGAACUAUUAAAUAACAUGUUAGAAAAUGGUUUUGCCCCAUGAUUUAGACACACGACAAGACCUAAGAACGGUAGUGGAAACGGAACAUGCAUUGACAAUAUCUAUACAAAAACUAAAUCAUUACCCAAUCUUCUUAAAGCUGAAUAAACCACCUAAACCAAAAAAAGAGAUUGUUCACCAUUAUUAUAAUUACACUACAGCGGAUAACUAAACUACAGAGGAUAGCUAGCAGUAAAAAUUGGCAUAUCAUAGAAACAAUGCAUGAUCCCAACUCCGCUACAGCCUACUUAAUAAACGAGAUACAGGAUUGCUUAGAAAAAUCUAAAAGUCUGAUUAAUAUGAAAAUAAGUAAAAAAACUCCAAGAAUGGAGUGGAUCACUAAAGCUAUCAUAGUCUCGUGCGAGAAAAAGAACAAUUAUACAAAAAAAUGCGUAAAGAACCAAAUAAUAAUAAUAUUAAAGUAGAGUAUAAGAACUAUGAACUAUACCAAUAGGCUAGAUAAGCUGAUUUAUGAAGCAAAGCUUAGGCAUGAUAGAAAUUUCUUUACAAAUAACAGUAACAAUACUAAACAACUUUGGAAACACAUUAAGAAUAAGUUAGGAACAAACUCGCAAAAGGAUACAACAAUUAAUAAAAUAGCGAUAGAUAAAAACUGUACAAUUGAAGAACCAAUACAAAUUGCCAACUACAUGAAUUCCUUUUUUUGUAAAAUAGGAAAAGACCUAAGCCACAAAAUUAUUAACCCACAGGGUAAAAAAUUAGAAUAACCUCCCAUAAACAAUAAUACAAUCUUUAUCAUACCAACUAAUAACUCAGAAA